UUUGCCUGCGGGACCCUCGGCCUCCAGGGCAGGGAAAGUGCGCAGCGAGCGGCCUAGGCACCCGGGGCCCCACUAGGCUGCGCAGGAACAUCCCUGGGCGUCUGAAGGGACAUUCGUGGAGAGAAGAAAAUGUACUAAAACUACAUUGUGAUGAGUACACUAAAAACACUGACUUGUACACUUCAGGAGAACAGCCUUGAGGACUGAUCUUUUCCUGCAAUACUGAAAGCCAUGGCUGAGGGAUCAGUGGUGUUCAAUGAUGUGUCAAUAGACUUCUCUCAGGAGGAGUGGGAGUGCCUGGACCCUGCUCAGAGGGACUUGUACAGAGAUGUGAUGUUGGAAAACUAUAGCAAUCUGGUUUCGAUGGGAUUUUACAUUCCUAAGCCUCAAGUGAUCUCUUUACUGGAACAAGGAAAAGAGCCCUGGAUGGUGGGCAGAGAGCUUACAAGAGGCCUGUGUUCAGACCUGGAAUCAAUGUGUGAAAGCAAGUUAUUAUCUCUAAAGAAAGAAGUUUAUGAAAUAGAGUCAUGCCAGAGGGAGAUAAUGGGACUUACAAAGCCUGGCCUUGAAUACUCCAGCUUUAGAAAUGUUUUAGAAUAUAGAAGUCAUUUUGCCAGACAAAAUGGGCWUUUAAGUCAAGAAGUAUUCUCUAAUGAAUAUGUACCCACAUUUAUUCAACAGUCUUUCAUUACUCUACAUCAAAUAAUGARUAAUGAAGAAAAACCCUAUGAAUGUAAAAAAUGUGGAAAGACCUUUAGUCAGAACUCACAAUUUAUUCAACAUCAGAGAAUUCAUAUUGGUGAAAAAUCUUAUGAAUGUAAGGAGUGUGGGAAAUUCUUUAGUUGUGGCUCACAUGUUACUCGGCAUCUGAAAAUUCAUACUGGUGAAAAACCCUUUGAAUGUAAAGACUGUGGAAAGGCUUUCAGUUGUAGCUCAUACCUUUCUCAACAUCAGAGAAUUCAUACUGGUAAGAAACCCUAUGAAUGUAAGGAGUGUGGGAAAGCCUUUAGUUAUUGCUCAAAUCUUAUUGAUCACCAGCGAAUUCACACUGGUGAAAAACCCUACAAAUGUAAAGUAUGUGGGAAAGCCUUUACUAAGAGCUCUCAGCUGUUUCAACAUGUUCGGAUUCAUACAGGCGAGAAACCCUAUGAAUGUAAGCAAUGUGGCAAAGCCUUUACUCAGAGCUCAAAACUUGUUCAGCAUCAGAGAAUCCACACUGGUGAGAAACCCUAUGAGUGUAAGGAAUGUAGCAAAGCCUUUAGCAGUGGCUCAGCACUUACUAACCAUCAGAGAAUCCACACUGGUGAGAAACCCUACAAUUGCAAGGAAUGUGGGAAGGCUUUUACUCAGAGCUCACAACUUCGCCAACAUCAGAGAAUUCAUGCUGGUGAGAAGCCCUUUGAAUGUCUUGAAUGUGGGAAGGCUUUUACUCAGAACUCACAACUUUUCCAGCAUCAGAGAAUCCAUACAGAUGAAAAACCAUAUGAAUGUAGUGAAUGUGGAAAGGCUUUCAAUAAAUGCUCAAAUCUUACUCGACAUUUGAGAAUUCACAGUGGUGAGAAGCCCUAUAAUUGUAAGGAAUGUGGGAAGGCCUUUAGUAGUGGCUCAGAUCUCAUUCGUCAUCAGGGAAUUCAUACUAACUAAUAAUAAAAAUUAUGACUCUUAUCAUCUUAAUGUUUUAGACAAAAAUUCAUAUUUGGUAGUUACCCUGUAUCUAUGUUUUAUUUGUAUGCAAGUUUUCAAUCCAAAUGCAUUUCACUCUAGGAUAUGAAUUUAGAGUCUAAAUUGAYAUCCCCUCCAUAUUGUAGCAAUCAAUGCCAGUUGUUCAGUAAUUCUUUCUUUCCCCCAUUGUUUGGUGCUAUAUUAUAUUCUUGUAUGUAUUUGCUUGUAUUUUAGAGUUCUUCCCUUUUCUGAUAUUUGUUAUUUUUUUAAAAAAAAUUUGUAGUUUUGUAUGGAGAGAAUGCCUUUGUUUAUUUU